CGGAUCACCAGGCCGGUCACAGGUUGACGCAUCUGGGGGAGCAGCAGCCUGCAGUCCGCGCGUCGGGACCUCCACGACCUUUGACCUCUCCACAUUCUUUCAGUUUCUGUUGCUUCUUUAGUGAUGGCUGACCGUCCGUCGGCUCGCGUGGGAAUUUUGUUCGUGAUUGUGGUGACGGCAUCUUUAACCAAUGGUUCUUCGUCUGUGACCCAAAGGAAGGACGUGUCAGGAGAGGUCAGCCUGGGCGACCCCCCGCGCCGGGUCAUCGUCCCCUCUGGUGCUGGAGCCCAGGACCGCUCUGCCCAUGACCCGCUGACCGGCAGGCGGGGGCGCACCAAGAGGUGCACGUGUUACACCUAUAAAGACAAAGAGUGUGUGUAUUACUGCCACCUGGACAUCAUCUGGAUCAACACGCCAGAGCACACGGUCCCGUACGGCAUGGCCAGUUCCCCUGGCUCUUUGCGUACGAAGCGCUCCGUCCGGACGGCUCGGAGCAGCAGGAGCAGCGCAGCCUCCAGGCGAUGUGCAUGCACGCUGCAUAUGGACUCUGAGUGCAGCCGCUUCUGCACAAACAGGCAGAUGAGGAGACCCCCUGCUACACCUAACACAAAAAAGGGGACGCCCCCCUUCCACAGAGGAGACAAGGAGCGGACUCUGAAAUGAACAGACCGACCUUUAGUCUCAAAGGACGGGAGAAAAUCUGUCGGUGCCGUGUAGACGGAAAGGUGAGGACAUGGACGCAGAGGAAAAAAACUGACAGUGAGAGUUUCUAGCAGGGGUUUCUGUCCCUUCUGCCUCUCUCUCUUUCUCUCUGGCUGCACUGUGUCACACCAGUGGAGUUUGAUUUAUCCACCUGUAACUGUGUUUCACACGGCUCAUCAUUCCAGGAUGUCGCAUGUAAUGUCUUUAUCUUACGGAUGUAUGUGAAAGCAUGUGUUAUGUUUAUGCCUUCAUAAACAUAACACAUGCUUUCACAUACAUCCGUAUGUGUACAUCCGUACGCCCCCCGUAGAAGAACAGGGGCGGGGGCGAUCGUCAGCAAUUCAUUUUCACUUAUAACCAGAGUAUUGUUUUCAAUAAAUGUGUUUUCAGGAGGCUUUAAGGCAUUUAGAACCAAACACACAUUAAGUACAUAUAAAAUGACAUGUGGUGAUUCCUGCUGACAUCGUCUGUCUCAGAGAACCUGGUUUUGUAAAGAACAGGUUGUCAUGGUGUCGUAUCCAUAUUAAUAUGAUCCAACUCAUAGUCAGUGGUAACCGUUUCUCUCAAACAGGAGUUUUUUUAUAUAUAUAUAUUGCUUUGUGUUAAGGGCCACGACUGAAAAAAUGAUUUGUCGACGGUACGCUCCACACCAAAGCAAUGCAAGAUGAGCUUGAGAACACACCUGAUUGCCUUUCACUCAACAGUGUGAAAAUGUUUCUGCUUCCUGGUGACCUCAUGACCUCUCGGGUCAUUCUUGUAAAUAAGAACUCCUUCUCAGUUGGAUUGACAAAGGUUGAAUAAAAUGUGACAUCAGCGGAGAACAACUGGAGGAAACAUGGAAGAUCAAAUUUGUCAAAUGUGUCACCACAUGUCUGGUAAACACCACCAGAAGAUUAAAUCAGUUCCAUUUUGUGUUCGGGGGUUUUGUGUAUAUUCUAUUUAUUUUGUACAGAUGGGCUUUGUAUUGUCUUUUAUUUUGCAUUAGAAACUGGACAAAUUAAUUUCACAAGCUUUUGUUUUUACUUAAUUUCCAAAUAGGAGAUGCCUUUCUUUUCUUUCCUUUAGACAAAUGGCCUGUUGGGCAGUGCUCACCUCAAACUGGAUGAGAUAUUUCAACAUUGUUUUAUUUUUAGGAUGAAAUGACCAGUUGCCUUCCUUGUUAGUGAGGGCGAUUUACCUUAAUGCGUCCGUGAUUAUUUUUUUUAGUCUUCAAACAAAAUAAAAAAAGAAAAAAAACAAGUCUAUCCUUUUUUUUUAAAUUAUUAUUAAAAUACUACAUUCCAAGUAAGGAUUUUUUUGUUUGUUUGGCUUAGUGUGCAAGAAAAUGAUUCAUUAUUCAUAUACAACUUCUGACAAAAACAAGUGUUUUCUUCUCUUAAUGGAGAACAUCCAGCUCCUUUAAAACAACUCAAAUUGACAAAAUAUGUAAAAAGAAAUAAAAAGAUUUUUUUCCCCUUG